AUGGGAUCUGAUCUCCCAGUAGUUGAUUUAAUCAACGAUAAUUGUAGUGUAGUGAAUGCACAGGCUCGGGGUGGACCGAGUAGCUUUAGGUCUGAAUACGAAAAUGCACUACCAUCUCAAAAAGAUACAAAUCUAUCCCAAGUAACUGAAAACAUUUUUAGAGAAAAUGUUAUAACCUCAGAAGAUGACAAACCAAAAGCUCCUCACAAACAGAAAGCAGAAGAAAAAUCACCUCACCCAAACAAACCCAAACAAACAAAACCCAGAAGAACAAUGCCACCUAUAGUAAUUGACGGUAAAACUACUAAUCAGAAAAAUUUAAUCCAAGAUAUAAGAUCCCUUGCAAAAGGUAGUUUUAGCGUAAAACAUACGAAUUAUACUACCAUACUAUUCAUUGAUGAGCAAGAGGACCACGAAAAAGUAUUGGCCAAUAUUAAACUUAAUAAAAUGCCGUAUCAUACCUACACAAAAAACGAUGACAAGUCGCAUGCCUUUGUCCUGCGAGGACUGGCAGAGGGCACCAAAAUAAGCAAUAUUGAAGAAGACAUAGAAGAGGAAUACGAAAUCAAGACAAGAGCGGUGUACCAGAUUAAAACAAAGGAACACCCUCUAUUCUUAGUUAUCACAGAUCUAGCAAUCACGCUGAACAAUCUUAACAAAAAUGCUCGCCGGGAAUUUCACUCAGUUGUAGAGGAAAUCGUGAUAUUAAAACAAAAACUUAAACAGGAUGAGGCUCCGAAUUAUGACUUUCUAAACACCUUUGACGACCUUUAUAGUACGAUUGAGUAUUUAGCAGCUAAAUUUUUACCCUCUUCGACUCCAGAUCCCCCAGAAAGUACUGAUCCAGACAGAAGAGUUCGUAUGCCAAAGCUUGAACUUGUAAAAUUUUCGGGCGAUGACCUAUCAGUUUGGCCUUUAUUCUAUGAAAAUUUUAAAUAUUUGGUUCACCGUAAAAGUGAAUUUGCAAAGGCUGAAAAAUUACAGUAUUUAUUGGGAAGUCUUACUGGAAAAGCUUUAGUAACGUGUAAUGCGUUUGAAGCUACCCCUAAUAAUUAUGAUUCAAUUUGGAAAUUAUUAGAGGAUACCUACAAUGACAAAAAAUAUUUAGCCGAUUUGUAUUUAGAUCGAAUUCUAAAUUUUCGUUCUUCGCCCAGUAGUAGUCCAAACAUUUUGAUUUAA